AGGCUCCAUGGCUGCAGGAUGGACUCUCAUCAGGACCAGCGACACCUCUCCCUGCUGCUGCCGUCGCCGGGGAGGAACCCAGGAACCUCCACCACGACGCCCGGCGUCCAGCUGCCCCCACGUCUAGCGGUGAUGGAUGCCAGCGUUCCUCUCUAGAAACAGCAGUGGAGAGCUUAGACAUCGCUUUUCCCAUCCAUGUCUCUCACUCCGAGUCGAAAGUCAUCCUCAAGCCACCGCAGGCGCUCUGUGGGGACCAGUGGUGUCAGCGGGAGAUAUUCCCACAGUGACACGGCCAGUACGCAGACGUACCCUGGGCGGAUGAGGGCUCCGGAGGGCAGCCCCAGAGCCCGGACCUAUCCCGGUACUCCCGGGACUCCCAGGUUUCAGUUAAAGCAUACGGCGUGCAGCGACAACCAUGGGAUCAGGCCGCCCACUCCGGAGCAGUACCUCACCCCGCUGCAGCAGAAGGAGGUGUCCAUACGACACCUGCGAGCCAGGCUGAGGGAAAACGUGGAGAGACUGCAACACAGGGAUUGUGAAAUAGAAGAACUGAGGACCCAACUGUACAAGAUGCAGGAGGACUGGAUAGAGGAGGAAUGUCACCGCGUGGAGGCUCAGCUGGCCCUGAAAGAGGCUCGUAAGGAGAUCCACCACCUGCAGGAGGUGGUGGAGUCCGUGAGGUCCAACCUGGGCGUCCGAGAACAAGACAAACACGAUCACAAGCCAUACCCGGGGCUGCAGGGGGCCCGGCCGGCGGGGAAGUCCCGCUCCUGCGGCUGCUCCCCGGCCAGCACCCUGACCCGCGGGGCCAGCUGCACCCGCCAGAGCAGCGAGGCCCUGCAGGUGGAGCGCGCCUCCAUCUCCGCCUCCACCUCCACCGCCCCCGAGCUGGGCGGAGCGCCUCGCCCCGCAGGACAGGCCCCCCUGCUGCUGGAGGCGGCUCUGCUGUCGGAGCCGCUGCCCCGCCAGGCCUGCCACCUCCGGGGCCCCCCGGCCGUGGCCCGCUCCUCCACCUACGAGCGUCUGUGCAGCGGGGGGGCGGUGCUGCCCGUGUCCCACUCCUGCCACACGCUCAGCAGCAGCUGCAAGUGCAGCGGACACCCCUACGUGCCCCACCACCACCUGUUCCUGCACCUGCCCCAGGAGGAGCCCCCGGUGCCGCCCUGCUCCGGCCCGGCCGCUCACACCAACCCCGUCCGGGUUCCUGCCCCGGAGAGGAGGCCGGAGGUCCGGUCCCAGGCCUGCAGCCCCACCAUGAGCUGGCUGUGCGAGGAGGGCGGAGCGGAGUCUCUGAGCGUCAUCUCUCUAGCCCCAGGAGACAUCACCCCCUCAGACCCACAGCUGUUUCCACCGUCUUUACCACUGCUGUCCCCCCCAGAGCGCUCCCUCAGCCUGGAGCCGCUGCUGCCGGACCGACCCCAGGUCCGGUUGGAGCCGCUCACCCGCCAGCCCCAGCCCGCUCGUCUGCUCCCAGUUCAGCCCAAUAACACGGGAGAAGCUGCAGGGGCCGAGGAGGGCGGGGACUCCCCGGAGCGCUGCCACUGGAGCCGCUACUUCCUGGUGGACCUGCUGGCCCUGGCGGUGCCGGUGGUGCCCACCGUGGCCUGGCUGUGCCGGGGCGUUCCCCAGGAGGUCAUGCCCGUGUAUCACAUCGGCUCUCUGCUGCGAGGCUGCUGCGCCGUGGCCCUGCACUCGCUGCGGCGCCAGGGCGCAGGCCGAGGCUGCCGGCGCAGCAGCGUGGACGGGACUACUACAAUCUGACACUUUCAGCCUCCUUUCACAUCAAUAAAACAAUGUCAGACCUCGGCAGAUACAACACUGGCACGGCUGUUGGAUCCCAACCCAGCGUUGGAUGUCUCCUCUGACGUGGGAACAAAUAAUUAGCUCUAAUGCUUUCAUUUCUCCGGUAUAAGUUCUGCUACUGCCUGCACUUUAAGUAGUUUGUCUCUUGACUGAAAUUUGCAUGCAAGCCACAAUUUCAGCUUCUUUUUCUGCCCUCGACAUCGGUUUCAAUGAGGCAAAAUAUACAGUACGCACCGUGAAAUGAAGAGGAAAUUACAUGAAGCUGAUACUCCUCUUUUUGGAUCACUACACUGGAAAAAAAAUGGCAUGGGAGUCAGAAUAAUAAAACCCCUUUGGCAUCAGUUACAUCCUAUAAAAAAAAUAAAAACAAUUAUAGUCAGCACUUAUUUGGCAAGUUUAAUAAUACAGAAUACAGAUUUAAAAAAAGAAACAUUUUUGUAUUUCAUUUUUGUAAUUCAGUCACGAAUAAAAUUAAAGACUAUAUUUUGAAAGCAGUUUAACCUCGUGCGAAGCGGAGCAUGUGCAUAGAGCCCAGUACUCAGGAGCAGAACAGAUUAACAUAUAUUUUUGUCAUUAAGCAGGCUUAGAAAAAGUGCAUGUGUUUUUAUUUGUUUCUGUCAUAGGACAUUUACCCGACACAUAAAUACAGGAAUGUGUUUGCAAAACUGCAGAGCAAACAAAAAAAAGAUGCAGCUUGUUGCAGGUUGUGACAGACGUUAUUUACGUAACGAAGAUCCAGGUCAAGCUCACGGGAAAAUGAGACUCUGCUUUUGGUUUUUUAAAGCUUUUUGUUUAUAGCAUUUGGCUCUAAAAAUAAGUGUGUGUGUGUGUGUGUGUGUGUGUGUGUGUGUGUGUGUGUGUGUGUGUGUGUGUGUGUGUGUGUGUGUGUACAUAGCUGAUGCCGCUGCUUCAGUCAUGGAAGCAGUUUGCUCGAGUCCAUAAUUCAAUAUUUCAACAUCUGUGAUGCCGUUAGCAGGAACUUGUGUUUUAAGGCUGAAACAUGCACUUUGUGCUCCACGUGAAUGGAUAAAUGUCGCGGUUUAAUGAAGAACAGGGUGGAUACAUUUUGUUUUUAUGUGCGAUCAAGAUGUGUGCAGAACCCUAAGUAAAGAUGAACAUUAAAGUUGUCUCAUUGCAGGCUGCUUUUUUACACCUGUAUCCAAU